AUGGACAAAGAUUGCGACAUGGUAUAUAAGAACAUCUCUGACAUAUAUAAAUCUGGGGAGUUUAAGACAUACGACAACUUUGUUUCAUUAGCUGCAAAAUGUGUAUGGCAGAUAAGAGAUAAAGAUAGAAGAGGUAAGGUAUGGAAUGAACAGAUAAAACCAACUGCUUCAGAUUUAAAGAAAACCAUUGACGCCUUGGUUGUUUUAGCAGGUAAGGUUUCAGAAUAUAACGCAAAAAUGAACCCGCAAUGUUCUAAAUGUAAAGCAGCAAUUAGGAAAUAUAACUACUCAGUCAAAGAGAUAGAAAGAAUGCGAAACGACUAUGCUGACUUAAAGAAAGAAGCAGAGAAACCAGCAGAAAAUAAAAUGGACAUGUUAGAAUUUCUGAACAAAAACUAUCCAACUGCUGACGAUUUCCUUCUAUCUGACGUCAAGAAGAAGUAUAAAGAAACUUUCGGCAUUGUUAAAACAUUCGAUGUACUAAAAGAAGAAAUAGAAGCUACAAAACUGUUUAGGAUUUCAAAUAUACAUCGUACAAUUCAUGUGAAACGCUUAUAA